CCACUAAUCUUUCUCUCUCUCUCUCUCUCUUAAAGUUGGCGCGCUCUCUUCACAAGUUCCAUCACUACCCAAGAAGCGAGGGGGCGGGGUGGGGGGAACAGGCGGGAAGGCAUUAAUUACACCUAAAUCUGAAGUUUACGGCCUCAGGUACCACUUUGAUGGGGAGAGUUUCUGAAGCUUUCAUACAACCUGCAGUGCCUUUGCUGCUGCCGCUGUAGAUUUUCAGCUUAUUUCUUUCUGGUGCUGCUUCGCGCUGCUCUGUCAUGCCUAAAUCUAUCUCGUCACUGCCAAAGGUGCCUGAAUCAGGGUGAAUUCCACAAGAUUCACCAGCGGUUUUGCUCCUGUCCAAGGAGGAAGCGCGCAGCCCAGCUCCCCUAGUCUCUCUUCUUAAAUCCCCCUACCUACGACUGCCGAGGUUGGCCGCACGGCGGGAGUCUACCCGUCAGUCCUGGCCCUCCCCCGCCCCCCGGGUUGGUUUUUCCCAGCUGCGGAGGUUGGGAGGUUGGGCCAGGGGCUGGGGUGCGAAGAGAGUCGGCGCCCGCAGCGCGCAGCCGAGAAGUCGUCGCUACUCUGGUGGAACUGAGUUGGUUCUGGAGGCGGCGGGCGCGGAGGACCGGGAAGAGAGGUCCGGGCGGGGGCGGAGACACCCGGAGGCCGACCUUCCGCGGAGGCGGUGCGGGAAGGAACCUGGAAAAGGAGAAGUUUGGUCCCUCAGAGGAGCCAGCGAGGGGCGCCAACAAGAGGCGAGGAGGUGCCACCGGGGCGGCGGCAGGAAGAGGAGCGGGAGCAGGAUCGCUGAGCCGAGCGUACCAACCCGCCGUGCGUACUUUCUGGAGGGAAGGGGCGGGGGAAUCGGCCCCGGAGGGAAGCGCCCGGUGGCGAGGGGGUUAGCCAAGUUCCGGCUGCGGCGCCACUCCCUGGCUUCCACGAGAGGAAAGUUUUUUCCAGACGCUUCCGCCGGCUCGCACCCUCCGGGCCCAGCCCCCCGAGGCUUCGGAGCGGGCGCCGUCCCAGCCCAGCUCCGGGGAUACGCUAGCCGCGAUGCCUGGGGGGUGCUCCCGGGGCCCCGCCGCCGGGGACGGGCGGCUGCGGCUGGCGCGACUGGCGCUGGUUCUCCUGGGCUGGGUCUCCUCGUCUUCUCCCACCUCCUCGGCAUCCUCCUUCUCCUCCUCGGCGCCGUUCCUGGCUUCCGCCGCGUCCGCCCAGCCCCCGCUGCCCGACCAGUGUCCCGCGCUUUGCGAGUGCUCCGAGGCGGCGCGCACAGUCAAGUGCGUUAACCGCAAUCUGACCGAGGUGCCCACGGACCUGCCCCUCUACGUGCGCAACCUCUUCCUUACCGGCAACCAGCUGGCCGUGCUCCCUGCCGGCGCCUUCGCCCGCCGGCCGCCGCUGGCGGAGCUGGCUGCGCUCAACCUCAGCGGCAGCCGCCUGGACGAGGUGCGCGCGGGCGCCUUCGAGCAUCUGCCCAGCCUGCGCCAGCUCGACCUCAGCCACAACCCACUGGCCUACCUCAGCCCCUUCGCUUUCUCGGGCAGCAAUGCCAGCAUCUCGGCCCCCAGUCCCCUUGUGGAACUGAUCCUGAACCACAUCGUGCCCCCUGAUGAUAAGCGGCAGAACCGGAGCUUCGAGGGCAUGGUGGCGGCGGCCCUGGUGGCGGGCCGUGCACUGCAGGGGCUCCACCUCCUGGAGCUGGCCAGCAACCACUUCCUUUACCUGCCGCGGGAUGUGCUGGCCCAACUGCCCAGCCUCAGGUACCUGGACUUAAGUAACAAUUCGCUGGUGAGCCUGACCUACGUGUCCUUCCGCAACCUGACACAUCUAGAAAGCCUCCACCUGGAGGACAAUGCCCUCAAGGUCCUUCACAAUGGCACCCUGGCUGAGUUGCAAGGUCUGCCCCACGUUAGGGUCUUCCUGGACAACAAUCCCUGGGUUUGCGACUGCCACAUGGCAGACAUGGUGACCUGGCUCAAGCAAACAGAGGUGGUGCAGGGCAAAGACCGGCUCACCUGUGCUUUUCCGGAAAAAAUGAGGAAUCGGGUCCUCUUGGAACUCAACAGUGCCGACCUGGACUGUGACCCGAUUCUUCCCCCAUCCCUGCAAACCUCUUAUGUUUUCCUGGGUAUUGUUUUAGCCCUGAUAGGCGCUAUUUUCCUCCUGGUUUUGUAUUUGAACCGCAAGGGGAUAAAAAAGUGGAUGCAUAACAUCAGAGAUGCCUGCAGGGAUCACAUGGAAGGGUAUCAUUACAGAUAUGAAAUCAAUGCGGACCCCAGGUUAACAAACCUCAGUUCUAACUCGGAUGUCUGAGAAAUAUUAGAGGACAGACCAAGGACAACUCUGCAUGAGGUGUAGACUUAAGCUUUAUCCCUACUAGGCUUGCUCCACCUUUAUCCUCCGCUAUAGACACCACUGACUUUGACUAAAAGCAGUGAAAGGGUUUUGCUUCCUUGUUAUGUAAAGUUUCUCGGUGUGUUCUGUUAAUGUAAGACGAUGAGCAACUGUGUAUAGUGUUUUACCCUCUUCUUUUUCUUGGAACUCCUCAACACAUGUGGAGGGAUUUUUCAGGUUUCAGCAUGAACAUGGACUUCUUGCUGUCUGUCUCUCUCUCAGUACAGUUCAAGGUGUAGCAAGUGUACCCACACAGAUAACAUUCAACAAAAGCUGCCUCAACUUUUUCGAGAAAAAUACUUUAUUCAUAAAUAUCAGUUUUAUUCUCAUGUACCUAAGUUGUGGAGAAAAUAAUUGCAUCCCAUAAACUGCCUGCAGACGUUAGCAAGCUCUUCAAAAUAACUCCAUAGUACACAGGAGCACCUGCAUCCAAGAGCAUGCUUACAUUUUACUGUUCUGCAUAUUACAAAAAAUAACUUGCAACUUCAUAACUUCUUUGACAAAGUAAAUUACUUUUUUGAUUGCAGUUUCUAUGAAAAUGUACUGAUUUUUUUUUUAAAUAAACUGCAUCGAGAUCCAACAGACUGAAUUGUUAAAAAAAUAAAAUAAAAGAUUCUUAAAAGAAUUACGGUGUGUGCAAGUUUGCUUUGAAAAAAGGAUUAAGGGCAGGGUAUUCAAUGGCCUUGGUUCCGAUGAUAGUUAUUACUUAACAUAGCUGAGAAUCAAACUGUAGCAAUGUCUAAUAUAAAUAGAUUUGGGAGAUCGCCUUGAGAUGGUGGAUCCUUUUAGUAUUUAAAUGGAGAGUUUGAGUAUUCAUGUGACUAUAUGGUCCCAAAGUUAAUGCUAUUUAUGAAACAGUUUUGUAAGAGCAUAAUGAAUUGAUUAAAGCUAAGCGUUCUGUACAAUAAACAGUUCCCAGUUUGGGGCUUUUUCAAGGCUAAUGAAGUUAUUGUUGGUCUAGAAAAAUAGUGUUUACUUAAUAAAACUCUGAAAUUGUUCUGUGGAUUUUUAGAGCAGAAUUUGAAACAAAUAUGCAAAUAAAUAUGAAGAUAAAAUGUCUUAAAGAUAGACUAUUCUGAAAUAAAAGAUAUAAAAUAUAAAUUUAAAAAAUAUUUCUCAAUGUCAUAAUGUAAAUUGAAACUGAGAUUUUCUUGAGGAUAUUUUUUAAAAAACAUUUAAAGUGGAACAUAAAUGGUCUUUAGUUUAUCAGAGACCCAGCUAAUAUGUUUAAAAAGUUGACAUGAUUGAAUAUGAACUUGAGGAAAUAACCACAGAUAAAUGCCUACAUCUGUCAACAAAUGUCUCAAGUAUUUAUAGGUUCUUAAGUUCAGUGUUUUAAGAAUUUGAGGAUAUUUUGAUUUUAGCUAAGCUCUUCAUGAUGUAAGUAUAUACACCUUCGUGAAGAAUAAAUCACAGGUGUAAAUACAGGCAAUCAUUAAUUGAUACCAUCCAUAAUAUACAAGGCUUUUGUUUUUUGUCAGUUUAUUAUCUGCCAUUUAAGCUGAAAAGUAAAUUCCAUUAAUCAAUCUUCAAGCUCUUUUAUCGAGUGAUUUAAAUGUAGCCAUUAUUGCUUAACUGAAAGUAUUAGGUAAACUUGCAUCAGUAAGUCUUAGGGCCUGCUUUUCCUUUGAACUGGUUAUGUCCUUCAAUGCUUUAUGUUUGAAAUAAAAUCUGCAUUUUCUUAUUUUUAUAAAUAAAAUAGGAUCAGAUAGUAUUUUAGGUUCUAGAAAUCUGCUGAUUCCUUCUUUGAAUUAAAUUCAGAAAUUUUCAAAGUAGGGCUAAAAAUAAGUAAAUCUCUUCCUUUUUAUAAGUUAGAUUAUAUAGUCAGAAUAUGAAGCUGUAAUUCCUUAAAUUCCAUCAGGCUUGUUUUAUGAAAUACAGUAUUUAUUAUUUAAGGGUUAUAUUUCAGAUCCUAUAAUUACCUCAGAAAAAGCUAAAUAUUUGGCACUUAAAAUUCCAUCAAACAGUUUAAGUGUUCAUCAGAAAUUCCUACUGUCUGGUUGCCAUUAUUUAACAAGAACAAUGCGAUACUAAUCUGUCAAAAAUAGUGACCACUAUCUUAGCAAACUGUUGAUGGACUUCAGUUGGUAAGUCUUCUGAUAUUGUAGAAACAAAUUAUAAUAUUGAUAGAGCCUCUGUUGAGAAGAAUUGUUUCUUCAUCACAUGAUAAUCUAACAGUUUAAAGUGGAGCUUUAUUUAAGAACCAGGAAAGGAGUAGAUUCGUUAGUGUAGCUUUUCUCAUCAACUCCUUGAAGCAAUGAUGAAUCUGAUAAAGUGAAGCCAAGUUAUCCCUGUUAGGUAGAUGACUUCUUUGAAGUUAUAAUUUAUUGCUUCUUUUUCAUGCCCCUACUUAUUCUUUUGCAUGGACUUUCCAAUUACCACUGCUUUGUUUUCCAUCACAUCACUCCUUCCUGUUCUCCAAAAUAUGGAAAUAAAAAAGUCAAUAAAAAGAAAGAACACCUUAUUCUUAAGAUAAAAAUUGUUAUUAUUUGACAACAUUGAUAUUUUGCAGGCCUUAUACUUUUAAGUCUAUAAGUCUACAGAACAUUCUAAAUUCCUUGGAAGAUAGAGGCUAUAUAAAUUCAAUAAGUAUAAGGGAAUAUGGGAAAAAUAAAAGUAUCACUUUAUUUAAAAAUAAGACAAGUCUUUGUUUUAAAUACUGUUCUUAUUAUUAAUGCAGUAUUGACUCUAGAAACCUUCAAAUAUCCAUUUUUAAUAGUUGGUAAUACUCUUCAUUACUGAACGUAAAAUUUUCAACAUAAAACACCAUUUAUCCUUUACAAGUUUCAUUUGAAGAAAGUUAGAAAAAAUACUUAGAAAUUCAAGGACUUGAUAAAUCCCUUAAUUUAAAAAGCUAUUCAACUAUCCCAUAAAUUUUUAUUUUAAGUAGGAAACAUUUUGGGAUAAUACAGUUAUUUGGCCCUGAAUUAUAACUGCCCCCUUUGAUAGUAUCCAUUCUGUUUGCAGCAUUCGUUUUUGUAAUAGCAGUUUGGCUGCUAUGGGUGUGAUUCAAUGGUAACCUAUAAGGCAAAUUUGUACAGGAGCUGAUAGAUUUUUCUAACAAAAUAAGGAGACUUUGAAGCACAUUGAAUAGGAUUUUUUAAAUGAAUAGGAGUUUUUAAGGAAAAAGAGUAGGAGCUGGGGGGGAAGGCUGUUUGAAAUAAAUGAGCAAAUCACAAAUAAUAAAUCCUUUAGAAAUAUCUUUAUUGGCAGUAAGUGUGGAUUAUGCUCAUCUCAGUAUUUAAUUAGAAAUAACAUAUCUGUGUCUUCUGUCUUUUUAAUUAAAGUGGCUGUAGAAAAGAAGGUUCAGAUGAACUGAGAUUGUUUCCUUAGAAAUUGUUUGACUCUUUUCCUUUGACCUAAAACAGGGCUUACCUUGUUGAGGACCUUAGAGGCUUUGCACCUCUAGAUUGUGACUCUUUCAUAUCAUUUUAGUUUUUCUCCCAAGACUACACUAAAGGAGACAUCAUGAGAUUUGCAAGGUUAAAAACAAUUUUGCACGUGCUUCCCUCCUGCUCCGAAAUCCAGUCAUCCAGCUUUCAGAGCAGCACUGUAAAGUGAAGACAGACAUUUAUUAGAUGAAAUUCUGGUUUCACUUUUACACUUGUGCAAGGAUUUUUAACAGUAAAGGAGAGGAAAGGGAGAAAGUUAUAUUUCUAGAUAAUAUAUGAAAAUUACCUUGAUACUGUAUUUUUAAGAUCUUUCACCAAUACUUGCAGUGCUGCACUAGAAACAAUUAGUUUAAGAAAAUACUUUCCACAUUGUCCAGGUGAUCCUGUCACCUUUUAGAUGAGGAAAAACAUCUUCUUGAGGAUGUUUUGUACAGUUAUUUUCCCAUUGUUACUCUUAGAGACUUUUGUUUCAAAAAGGCAGGCUCAUUUUAUUUUGUUUUAUCUUAGAACAUUUUAGCAGCUCUUUGUCAUGGGUUAAAAAAAUCUAGAAUUAAAAAAAUGUGUAAUAUAUGAUUUGUAUCAUUUUUGACAAGAAUACAAAUUCUUAGUAGUUCAAAAUUGGAAGGGCUCUUAGAAGUGUCAAGCUCAGCUUUCCAUUCUACAAAUGAAGUAACUGACAAUUGUGACUUACUACGUUAUACAGUGACAACCAGGACACAAUCCUAGGGUUCUAGAUUCCCCUUCUGGUGCUGUUUUUACCGGAUGAUGGCAUUACUAAUUGCCUACCUUGAGGCCUUUGAAAUCCCCAUGUCUAUAAUAAAGAAAGGAAAUUGCUUUGGUGAAUUUAUUUGUUUUAUUGUUUUUGCUUUGAGUGAAUGCUUCAGUUUGCUCUAGAUUUUACUUUCAGUUUGUUAAAAAUUACCAUGUUUAAACCCCCCGAAAACAUUUAAUGUUGUCAAAAUGAUUUUUUCAUAACAAUCUUAUGAGUCUAUGAUAUAAUAGGAAAUAUUUUGGAAAUUUAAUGGUGAUAUUUCUUUGGAAAAGAAAAAUAAAAACUCUGGAAUGCUG